CUCUCUCUCUCUCUCUCUCUCUCUCUCUUUUUCUCUCUCUUAAUCUCUAUUAAUUUCUAUUAAGAGAAGAGAAUCACAUAGACGGACAAACAGACGGUGAAGUGAAGAGGAGAAAUGGGCUAAAUCUCAAAAUCGGUAGCCAUUUCUAUUUCUUUUCGUACACGUAAGGACGCUCAAUAAUCCACUGUCGUUUCGUUCCUCUAGUGUACAAGUAUUAACCAGGUCCAGGGACCAACAAGGUUUGCUUGCUUAAUCGGAUUCGGAAACGCACCGUUUGGACUUUGAUCAUACUCUUUAUGUGCGUGCUAGCUCUGGAUGGUGGGUGAAUCAUGGAAGACACCGAGAGUUGCUGUAGCAGGCCCGUCGAUUUCUCCCCCACUCUCACCCGAAAGCAGAAGCUCAAAGUCAAUAUCUACAAUGAAGUUCUCCGUCGACUUAUGAGCUCAGAUGUCGCAGACGCCAAAGUUGCUGGUUUCGAAGAUGAACUCUGGGCUCAUUUUAAUCGCCUCCCCACUAGGUAUGCGUUGGAUGUGAAUGUGGAGAGGGCACAAGAUGUUCUCAUGCAUAAAAGGUUACUCCUUAUGGCACAUGACCCUGCCACUAGACCUGCAGUUGAAGUCCGUCUUGUGCAGGUUCAUUCUGCUUCUGGUUCAAACUUAUCGAGGAAAGCGGAUGCUCAAUGUUCUGCUUAUGCUAGCAAACAGAGCCAUCCACCACCAGCUUUUGGUUUGUCACCAGACCUUGAACUUGCUCUUGAAGCCGAGCAGUUACACGUUCACCAUGGGAAUAACGCUGUGAGCACCAGUCAACUUUAUACAAGGCCAAUGCAUGAAAUUACUAUUUCAACUAAUGACAAGCCCAAACUCCUCAGUGAGUUGACAUCCUUAUUAUCUGAUAUUGGACUGAACAUUCGAGAAGCACAUGCUUUUUCCACAACAGAUGGCUACUCUUUGGAUGUCUUUGUUGUUGAUGGUUGGGCAUGUGAGAAAACUGAGCGGCUUAGACAUGCACUGGCCAAAGAAAUACCAUGGAGUGAGAAGAAUCCUUGCUUGGAUUAUAAUGUUAUUUCCCCUAUUCCAGAGCAAGAGACUGGAAUGAUUUUUACUAAUGGUCAUGUAAGCUCACUCAAUAAGGAAAAAGAUAUAUGGGAAAUUGAUGCAACCCUGUUGAGAUAUGAAAAGAAAAUUGCAUCUGGAUCGUAUGGUGAUCUGUUUCGAGGUAGUUUCUGUGGUCAAGCUGUGGCUAUUAAAGUUCUUAGUAUGGAGCACCUGAAUGAAACUAUGAGGGAGUUUACUCAAGAAGUCUAUAUCAUGAGAAAAGUUCGGCACAAAAAUGUUGUUCAAUUAAUUGGAGCAUGCACUAAACCUCCUAUGCUUUGCAUCGUUACUGAGUUUCUGUCUGGUGGAAGUAUGUACGACUUUGUGCAUAAGCAAACGGGUGCUUUAUCACUUCAGUCCUUGCUCAGAGUAGCAAUUGAUGUUUCCAGGGGAAUGAACUACUUGCACCAAAAUAAUAUAAUCCAUAGGGACUUGAAAGCUGCUAAUCUUUUGAUGGAUGACAAUGGGGUUGUGAAAGUUGCUGAUUUCGGCAUCGCUAGAGUACAGGCACAAUCUGGCGUUAUGACUGCAGAAACUGGCACUUAUCGUUGGAUGGCUCCAGAGGUUAUAGAGCAUAAACCGUAUGAUCACAAAGCUGAUGUGUUUAGCUUUGGAGUUGUUCUCUGGGAGCUGCUUACAGGAAAGGGUCUGAGGCCUACAAUUCCAAGUCACACUAAUCCAAUGUUGAUGGAAUUGAUGGAGAGAUGCUGGCAGCAAGAGCCAUCGUUGAGACCUGAAUUCUCAGAAAUUGUGAAGAUGCUGCAGCACAUAGCCAGGACGGUUGCAAAUGGAAGCGAGGAUAGACGAAAGGGAAAAUCGGCUAAAGUAGUUCCCACGUUCAAGCAAGACAGUGAAUGAGGUUCCUGUUUAUAAAUUAAUACGUGUGUAAUACAGUGUCUAAUGAUCAUUGAUCAAUCAAACUCUUCACAAGUCAUUUCUUUCCCUCGCUCAACUCUAUAUGCUCCGAUGGGUUAAUCUAAGUAAUGAUUAGAGACUCUUGUGCUGAUUCAUUGCAUUUUGUUUACCAUCAUCAUACAUUAAAUAUUCAUUUAACUUCAACCCAGACUUAUAAAGGGAAUGACGUGUUACUGUUAUAUUAUAGAUUAACAAAUAAUGAAAA